UGAGACUUUAUGUUGUCAUCGGAGAUCCAAUUUCACGAAAUAUCAGAUGUUAUACUCAAGGUAUCUCAGUUCUGCGGAAAAAUUCUAAAAAUAUUUACCCAAGACGUAGCUAUGGGGAUUGAUCGACAGCAAAAGCACCUCCAGCUGCAAUUUCAUCCCAAAACAAUAUAUUCCAGAAAGACAAUGCUGCAUCCCCUGACCAAUUUGGAAUGGGUUAAAAGUCUGGACAUUAAUGUUAAGCCAUGCAACCUAAGUUUUUAUUUUAAAGCGAUUGCAAUAAGUGGCAAUUGUCAGCUGAUGGAGAUUCGCAUUCUAGAGGGUUCUCUCGACUUUAAUGAGACUGAAGAACUGGGCAAGAUAAAGACCCUGAAGGAGUUCCAUGGCAAACUGAGCAACGCACUAAGCCUUGAACACCUCUGCCAUUUGAGAUAUUUGAAAAUUGGAGAUUCAUUUGAUAACCGAUUGCCCAAGCAAAUUGUCCAUAUACUAGAUUCCAUUAAGGAGGAAAUAACCAUUCGUCUGAGGGACAAAGAAGUAAGCUACAACAUCAAUACCGGUCACUUGAUCCUGAGUAACACCGAUUCGAAUAGAUUCAGUAGUUCCUCAAAUGAUGCCACUGACUUUGCUCCACUUGCCACACUGAAGAACUUGCAGACUGUACACAUUUUUGGUAGUCACAUGGAGAGUUCCCUUCAACUAUUCUUCUCGCAGCUCGCCUCGAGGCAUUGCCAGGAUCUGCAAGAGCUGGUGGUGGGAAAUAAGCAGAUAGACCCUGACUUGGACAUGCUAACCAUUAGCUCAUCAGAGCUGAAAGAGAUUACCUCCAUAAAGUCUUUAAAGAAAUUGAAAUGUGGAUUCUCGGGAGCUCAGAACGUCGAACUUAUUGCUGGUCUUCCCCAACUAACCGAACUGAUUGUAAGCACUCACCAAGAGGGAUCCCUGAAAGAUCUUUUGCGGAAUAUAAACUCAAUGGAAUCGCCACGUCUGGAGUACUUGGUUAUUGAGGAUGGUCAGCUCACUGACGAGGAGGAGGUGCAAGUGGCUGCUAUGAGAUCCCUGAAGAGAAUAAAGUGCUGCUACAACACCACAGUGGUUGUCGAUUAUCAAGGUCAACCCACUUACAUCCUAGAUAUGACAGUAACGAAGGAUCGACAGGACAUCUCUCUAGUAGAAGUCUUCAAGAACAGACCCCUUCUAAGGAGCUUGAUCGUCAAAGGAUCACCCAUCAACCGGGAGGAAGCUGACGAAAUACGUAAUAUGAAGUCAUUGCAGAGAUUGUUUUACAGAUUCGCUGAAGAUCCAAGCAUCAUAAGCGACCUUGUUAGGCUAUCGCCGGAGAUGAAACUCUGGUCAUAACCUCGAGGGAGCAUAGUCUUGCAACUUUUGAGGAUACUGCCAAUGGGGAUACCAUUGCCCGACUGCCACAGGACAUUAAGCAGGACCUCCUCACAUUCGAUGGCUUUGAGGGUGUGGUUCAGUACCUCGAUCCCCAGCGACUGGUAAUCGAACUUCCACCGGAAAUGCACUGCCUUAAGUUCCUUCUCGAAGCAUUAGCUUUAAAUGAGUCGCAGAAUCUGCAGCAACUGAUCAUAAGGCACAGGUACAUUGGCCCAGAAGAGGCAGCCGCCAUAGCUCACAUUUCCUCUUUAACAAAAUUAAUGUGCGGACUCCAGGAUUCAAGUGCUCUAUCCCAUUUUUGUAAACUUAAGCGUCUCGAAAGUUUGGAAAUCAGAUCUCUGGAGAAUUUUUGCGAACUUUCCCAGCAUCUCAUUUGCCUUCUUCAAUCGUGUGAGGUUCUUGAGUCGAUCGACCUAGACUUUUGGUUUCCAAUGCAGUUAAUUAAAAGCGACUUUUUGCUUCAAGCUUCAAAUACUCUGAAAUCGGUGAGAAAUUCAAAGACUCAAUCUCCUCUGAGGCUUAAAUUUCCUUCCAACAAGCGUAUAUUCAGGGAUCCGACGGCUUCUGUUGAUGAAAACUACUUAAAAUUGGAAGGUUUAGCCAAACUAACUUUAAGUUAA